AUGGUGCUUCAGACCUUCUUUCUCACAAUGGUACGAACGAUGGAGGCGAAUAAAUACUUUCUCGGGAAGGAUCGUGUUUACGUUGGUUCCUUAGUGAUGGUGGUGCUCCAGGAAAAAAUGGGCUAUUGUACGGAGAUGUUGAAGCAGCUUUUACGUGAACUGAUUGAUCGAACAGUGGAAAAGAAGUUUCAGCCGAAAAUUCUCUUCCGACGAAGUGAAAGUGUGGCCGAGCGUAUGCUGGCGGCAUGGUUCACCUUUCUUAUGCAUGACUACUUGAGGAAUUACGCCGGCAAGCGUCUCUACGACCUUUAUUGGGGCAUAAAGCAACAAAUGGAAAAGGGACCACAAGACGCGAUAACACUUGAAGCUCGUUAUUCUCUGUCGGAGGAGAAGCUGUUACGUGCAACGUUCGAGUACAAAGAGUUGACGAUAUUCAUUGCUUCUGAUUCGAUGACAUAUACCCAACCGGACAUGCCCGUUCGAGUACUAGACUGUGAUACGAUUACCCAGGUAUGGUUUUUCCUCGAAUUUUUCAACAUUGUAGUUUUUUUCAUUAUGUUGGAUCAGAAUUUAUCACGGUUCAUUAGUGUUUUGGGGAGGAGGUGA